AUGGCUCUGGUAGCCUAUGAUUUCAAGCGCACGACGAAGGACAUUGCAUCAAUCAUAGAAUAUGAGGCCAUCAAUUAUCCAAAGGAGAGAGGGGCUUGCGAAGCGCUGCUCAAGAGAGGGAUACUAGGACCUGACGUGGCACUUCGCUUUCAGCCGCCCUGGCGAAAAUACCUCCAGGUAGGAAAGAUCAACAACGCUGACUCCCAUUUAUUGGCGCACUCCUUCACCAGUGCUGAUCCUCCACUAUUCGGUGUUCUAGCCUGCCUUUGUCCUGAGGUUCCUCUUUAUGAGCCGACAGCAACUUGGCUUCAACCGUAUGGCUGGACCCUAACAUACUAG